GCUGCUGUUAUAGAGAAUUAAUCAACACCUUCUGACCAAUCAGAGCCCAAAACUCAGCAGCAAUAAACAGGAUCAGCUGAAGACAACUCAGAUUAAAUGUUUAACGAUGGAAUUUUAUGAUAAGAGCAUGCCACAGUGAGUGAAUUAUUAUGUCUCGUCCAAUAGGGAGCCGUUUGGGAUUCAGCCAAUCACACGCCCUCAUUAACAGCUCCAGCAUCGUCCUGCUGCCAUGACAACGCACUCAUCCUUCUACUGCUGCUUCAUUUCAUCUUACACUCCUCACCAGACCAACCUCAGUCCAGGACUUUACAUCCCAGGUGCAGUUUGUGCUGAAAUGAAUGACAGAUAUCACCAAGCGGCACGAGAUGGUCAUGUGACCUUACUGAAGGAAGCCACCAGGAAAGAGCUGAACGCUGAGGAUGAUGAUGGACUGACCCCAGUGCUCUGGGCAGCUCGGGACGGCAACCUGGAGGCUCUGAGAGUGAUGCUGGGGCGAGGGGGCGAGCCAGAUAAGUGUGACAUGUGGGGAAACACUGCUCUUCACCUGGCCGCUGCCCACGGACACCUUGACUGCCUUUCCUUCCUCGUGUCAUUCGGUGCCAACGUGUGGUGUUUGGACAACGAUUACCACACGCCGCUGGACACGGCUGCUGUGCGAGGACACAUGGACGCUGUGCGGUACCUGGACUCUGUUGCCGCCAAGCAGAGCGCCCUCAACCCCAAGCUGGUGAGGAAACUGAAGGACCAAGCGUUCCAUAACGCAGAGCAGCACGUUAAACACUGCGCAGAACUGCAGCACAAAAACCAGCGGUGCAUGGAGAAAAAGGUGCUGAGCGAGACCGUGGAUUCGGGCACAUCCGCAAGGUUCUCCAUGAACUACGGACAUAAAUUCAACACUGUUAACUCCAGCGUCAACUACACACAGAACACCCUGAACUCCACGGCCAGAGGGAGGACAAACAUCCCGAAGUGUCUGAAGAAGAAAAAGAAGAAGAAGCAGACUGAAGACACUUUUAAGAUCUCUGAAGAUGGAAGGAAAAGUGUACGCUCCCUUUCUGGGCUUCAGCUGGGGAACGACGUGAUGGUCCUGAAGCAGGAGACGUACGCACACCCUUGCCACCGACUCCACGUUCACAACAUGUUCCCUCAAAACACCAAUGAUGAUGAUGAUGAUGAUGUAGCCUUGGUUUCACAUGCAGUGAGUGAUCCGGGUUUGUACAGUGACCCGGGACAGGACUCUCUGUUCUCCAGGCCUGGUCUCGGGACGUUUGUUUUCCGGCGGAAUUACAAUAAGGAUGGAGUUCAGGAAGUUGAUCCAGAAGGUGUAGUAGGUGAGGAGUCAAUGUGGAGAGAACAGAGGAUUCACUUUAGAGAGUGUGUACGUCUCCGACCUCCCAGCCUGGAUCAGGACACCAUCAGCGGUUCUGCUAGUCUUCAGAACCGACAAUCAAAGGCUCUUCUGUGGGAUGGUGAUGCUGGUGAUGAUGAUGAUGAUGAUGAUGAUGAUGAUGAUGAUGAAGGAGAAUAUGAUUAUCUGCAGCCUUGCUCCUCUUCUCUGGAGGUGUUCCUGGUGUCUCAGGGUCUCGGUGAAUUCCUGUCUCUGUUCCUGAAGGAGCAGAUGGACCUGGAAGCUCUGAUGCUGUGCUCCGAGCCUGACCUGGCCAUCAUCAACAUUCCACUCGGACCCAGGAAGAAGCUUCUGGAAGUCUGCAGUCGGCGCACAUACACUCUGCAGCGAGCAAGAGCCAUGUGUGACACUCAACUCUGA